GUGUACCACCAUGGUACACAGUGAGGUUUUCCCACAGCCCAUGUGUACCAUAGUGGUACACAUGCAAUAGUCACGUUCCAAGCAUUGUGGUUGUUUCUGGAGCACAGAUAUAGUGCAUUUCAAUGGCUGUACUGAUAGAGCUGGUCCCAGGGUAAAGUAUUAUGACUCUGGGUCGCGAUUUUUUAUUUUAUUGUUUUCUCUAUUGUAAAAAGAAAAAGUGGUAAAUUUUCCAUUGAAAAAUAUUAUUUUGCUAAAUAAAAUAGAAUAUUCAUGCUUGAAUAGAUCAUCUCCAUACUUUUAAUCAGCUGCUCAAGCAGUUACCAUGAUUUAGAAGGCACAGAGCCAGUUUUAUAGGUUAUGUAAGUUAUGUUCACAAGUUUUCAUAAAUAUUGUGACUUCUUUGUCAAAGUGUAUGUGUGGUAACAAAAGGUCCAUGCUAAUGUUUGUUCAAGUUUCUUUUUUAUUCAAGUUAUUUUUAUAAACAAUGAGUGAUAAUGAUAAUGAAGGACUUUCUGAUGAACAACUCAAAAGAAUUUUGGAAGACAGUGAUUUUGAGCUCAGUGAACUUAGUGAUUUUGAUAACUCUGAUGUGGAUCCUAUUUAUGAACCUGAUGAUAAUGCUAGUGAAAGUGAUAUAAGUGAUAAUGAAACAAUUAUUCCUUCUAAAUUACGAAGAGUAGAGCCUAUUCCUGGACCUUCUAGUAGGCCUGAUCCUUCUCCUGGAUCUGCACAAGAUUCAGAUUCAUCCCAUGGAAAUGAAGGACAUAAUCUACCAAUUUUUCCACAGAAUACAGGUAAUAACGUACUGUUGCAUGAUGUUUCUCCAGCUGAUGAACUGCAUGAAUUUCAAUUUGAAGAGAGACCAGAAUUUCGUGAACAACAAAUCAAUCAACUUGCAAAUCAAAACCCAACUGUUCCACAGAAUACCGGUAAUGUAGUGUGGCGUGAUGUUUCUCCAGCUGAUAGACUGCAUGAAUUUCAAUUUGAAGAGAGACCAGGAUUUUGUGAACAACAACUCAAUCAACUCACAGAUCAUAAACCAAUUGAUUUUUUCCUUUUAUUUUUUGACAAUGAAAUUCAAAAUAUGCUGGUAGCAGAAACAAAUCGGUAUGCUGAACAACAGAUUAUAAAAGGUAUAUGUGAAGAGACAAUAAGUGAACAUUCAUUUGUGGCUAAAUGGAGUGAUACAAAUCCAAAUGAACUAAUGAAGUUUUUUGGCCUCAUUAUUUGGAUGGGACUUGACCAAAAACCCACACUCAAGGAUUACUAUAGUAAUAAGAUUCUAUAUAAAAGUGAAAUUCCAAAAGUAUGUGGUAUCAGUAGAAAUCGGUUUGAAGCAUUGCUUCAUUUUUUUCACAUUUCAGACAAUGAACAUUGCCCAAUUGGAGACCGCUUAUACAAAAUAUCUCCACUUGUUCAAAUCCUCAAUAGAAAGUUUCAAGACAUUUGUACUCCAAGCAAAAGAGUGUGCAUCGAUGAGACAAUGGUUCCUUUUCGUGGUAAGUUGAGCUUCCGCCAAUACAUACCUGGCAAGAGACACAAAUACGGUGUGAAGCUAUUCAAACUUUGUGUUGAGAAUGGAUUUACAUAUAAAAUAAAAGUAUAUGGUGGUCGUAGUGAACGCGAUCCUGACAAACCUCUAGCCACAUCUGUGGUAAUGGAUCUAAUGGAACCACUUCUAGAUUCAGGUCGAACGGUUUAUACAGACAAUUUUUAUACAAGUGUGGGGCUGGCGCAUGAACUGAAUGGGCGGCAGACCCAUUUAGUUGGAACACUCAGGCAGAAUAGAAAACUCAAUCCAAAGUCGAUAAUUAUUCACAAAUUGAAGCGUGGUGAGAUGAAAAUACAAAGAAGUAGCACUAAUGUUGUCAUUGGAAAGUGGAAGGACAAGCGAGAUGUCUUAUUUCUCACCACUACAGAGAUCCCAAGAAUGACUGAAGUACAAACAAAAAGAGGAAUUAUUUAUAAACCUACUACAAUCGUUGAUUACAACAAAGCUAAGGGGUUUAUAGAUAUUUCCGAUCAGAAGGCAUCAUAUAGUUCUCCAGUACGCCGUUCCAUAAAAUGGUACCGGAAAAUUGCCAUGGAACUAUUGACAAGCACAACUAUGGUUAACGCCUUGGUUGUGUUCCAAUCUGUAACCGGGAAAAAUAUGAGCAUAACUGAAUUUCGCGAAAGUGUGGUGUGUGCUUUACUAAAUACUGAUGCUCGACAAGCACAAAAUCCUAACAAUGAACAUUUUUUGGAAGAGAAGGAGAAACGAGGAAGAUGUUCAACUUGUUAUAAGAAAUACAAAGAAGAGGAAGGACGUGCCGCAGCCAUGAAAAAAGCAUUGAGGGUUCACACAUUUUGUCCAAAUUGCCCAGAUGAUUUAUUAUUCAUGUGUACAAAAUGUUUUUUUCAACUGCACUCAUGCAAAGUGAAGUAAAAUAAAUAAAUGUGUUGUUCUCUUCCAACACCACUUGUGUAAUGUAAAGUUGUAAAUAAAUAUGUUGUUCUAUAAUGUGAA